AUGCCUGAAGCAGUCAACGGCAUCGACCACUUCCUGAGCGCCUCCAAGGCCCUGGCCACGCUCGAGGAGUACGAGGAGCGCGAUGGCCUGGGGAUCAAGGAUCUCAUGAACGCCCGGGUGCACGGCGGCCUCACGUACAACGACUUCCUCGUUCUGCCCGGCUACAUUGGCUUCCCCGCGUCCGAGGUGGCCCUCGACUCGCCCAUCACGAAGCGCAUCACGCUCAAGACGCCCUUUGUCUCGUCGCCCAUGGACACGGUGACCGAGCACGAGAUGGCCAUCCACAUGGCUCUGCAGGGUGGCCUGGGUGUCAUCCACCACAACUGCUCGCCCGACGCGCAGGCCGACAUGGUCCGCAAGGUCAAGCGGUACGAGAACGGCUUCAUCCUGGACCCCGUUGUCAUCAAGGUCGACACGACCGUUGGUGAGGCGAGAGCCCUCAAGGAGAAGUGGGGGUUCGGUGGUUUUCCUGUGACUGAGAACGGCACCUUGGGCUCCAAGCUCCUCGGCAUUGUCACGAACCGCGACAUCCAGUUCGAGGAUGAUGGCAACCGCCCCGUGUCCGACGUCAUGGUCAAGGACCUUGUCACCGCCCCGGCUGGUGUGACCCUCGUCGAGGCCAACAAGAUCCUGUCGCAGUCCAAGAAGGGCAAGCUGCCGAUCGUUGACAAGGACGGCAACCUCGUGUCCAUGAUCUCGCGCUCCGAUUUGACCAAGAACCUGCACUUCCCUCUCGCUUCCAAGCUGCCCGACUCCAAGCAGCUGAUCUGCGCUGCCUCCAUCGGCACGCGUCCCGAGGACAAGAUCCGCCUGCAGAAGCUGGUGGACGCCGGCCUGGACAUUGUCGUCCUCGACAGCAGCCAGGGCAACAGCAUGUACCAGAUCGAGAUGAUCAAGUACAUCAAGGCGACCUACCCCGACCUGGACGUCAUUGGCGGAAACGUCGUGACCCGGGAGCAGGCUGCUGCCCUCAUUGACGCAGGUGUUGACGGCCUGCGCAUCGGCAUGGGCAGCGGUUCGGCCUGCAUCACGCAGGAGGUCAUGGCCGUCGGCCGCCCGCAGGCCACUGCUGUGUACAACGUGUGCGCUUUUGCUGCGCGCUUCGGCGUUCCCUGCAUUGCCGACGGUGGCAUCCAGAACGUCGGCCACAUUGUCAAGGGUCUGUGCCUGGGCGCGUCCACGAUCAUGAUGGGCGGUCUCCUGGCCGGCACGACCGAGUCGCCCGGCACGUCGUUUGUGUCGCGCGAGGGCAAGCUGGUCAAGGCGUACCGCGGCAUGGGCAGCAUCGACGCCAUGCAGGACAAGAAGGCCGGCGGCGGCGGCAAGAACAGCCAGAAGAGCAACGCCGGCACGGCUCGCUACUUCUCCGAGGGCGACAGCGUGCUGGUCGCGCAGGGCGUGUCCGGCGCUGUGGCGCACCGCGGGUCCAUCAACAAGUUCCUGCCGUACCUGGCUGCCGGCGUCAAGCACUCUAUGCAGGACAGCGGCAUCAAGAGCUUGCGAGAGCUCCACGAGAGCGUCUCCUCUGGCAAGUUGCGCUUCGAGAUCCGGACGGCGAGCGCCCAGCUUGAGGGUGGCGUGAACAUGGAGUCGUACGAGAAGAAGCUCUACGUGUAA